CUGUCGAGUGCGCUUCCAGCAAUGAGAGAACAAAAACUAUCACGGAUGUGCCUUCGAGGCUUCAACAUGCUGAAGUCGCUGCUCGCUGACGCUGUUACCGAUACUGAUGGGACCUGGCAAAAGGGAGCAUGGGGCUCAGGAAGGGAAAGUGACUCGAGCACGACGAGAUUCGCCGACCCUUAAGAUAUAAAAUAUCAAGAGUGUAUUGUCCUUCACGGGUUAGUCUUCUGGCUUGGCGAGGAUGGUGGUAGGUACAUAUAUGUGUCACCGGCCGGGUUUCCUGCUCGACUGCUCGAGUUAUUGGCAUCAUGUCCUCAACAUCUUUCAUUACAGCGAGGUCAUUGACUUCUAAGAACCGAAAUUAUUGACAACGGCGAGAUGGCGACAUUCGAUUUUGAGCGGCUUCAUGCUGACCUUUACGACCUGGAUGACCCGGAUAGCGCGAUAGCGUUUCAGGACAUGGUUGAGGACUUCAUGAACGUGGCCAAGACCAAUCCAGCUGUCCUCGAGGGCAAAAAAGAGGACGUCGCUCACUUCUGCGCUCUUGUUGCUGACGACGAAGCCUGGCCUCUUGCUCAGCUUGUUGUACCAGAGUUUUGUGUUACCCGAGAUCAAGUUUUCGAUGGCAAGACUCCAGUGAACAUCAUCCUACAUUCAGUCAAGCAUAAGAUGCCACCACCAUUGACCAUUGUCGACACUAGUCUAGAUUGUGACAACGACUUAUGGGACCAGAUGCUGCAGGCUCGAAUGCUGUAUGCGCCGACGAGAGGGCGCGGUGUCCCAUCAACCAUUCUAGAAGAGCCCGAACCUGCUGACGAUCUGAUCGAGAAUGUCAAUGGAAAUACAAACACCACGAAUGCAUGUAACACAGCCUACGACCACCAAACCAGAGUUUUGCAAGCCAAUGUCCGUAAGGAUGAUCGUGCGUGGGAUUCACCAACAGAGUGUUCGGAGAUUCCGAAACCGGUGCUUGCAACAACCGCAGACUGUUUGGAAUCCCUAGAGAGACAGGAGGAAGAUCAUGACAAGACGGCGGCACCUUUCUAGGCUUCGAGGAGUGAAGCAUGGUUAUUGUUAGAUCAAGG